UUGGAAUAGACUCGGCUGCCUCUGAACGAGUUUAAAGUCAGUAUAGCUUCAGAAAAAGAACUUGACUCUGGUCACGCCGCGGUGCAAUCGCAUCCUCUCUUUGCGUUUCUGUCCGCCGCUUGCACUCGCUCUUUGCAUCCUGCGCUCUCUCAGCUGACGGGAAGCGAUGCCACCCUACAAUGAGUGCAACAGCAUUGCAGAUGUCACCGACUUCUCGAUGGAGCUGGAUUUGACUGACUUGACCGACGAAUUGUACCAAAAGGCCAAAGAGGAACUGGGAGAAACGCCGGAGAUAAGAGCCGACAGUUUGGUGAAGCUCAGAGACAUGAUUCGAGAUAAGGCGGACAUCGCUUGCCAACUGGAUGAUGAUUUUCUUUUGAGAUUUCUCAGAGCCAGGCGGUUCCACACUGAGAGGUCUUACAAAUUGCUGGAAAACUACGUCAACUUUAAAGCAAGUAGACCAGAUAUCCACGAAAAUGUUUGGCCCCAGAGGCUCAAAUUUCUGGGCGAUGAAGAUGUGAUAUCAGUUCCUCCCUACAAAGACCAACAUGGCCGCAGGAUGAUCAUUUACAAAGUUGGAAACUGGAGCACAUCAAAGUACAAGAUCGUUGAGCUUUUUAAGGCUAGUGUGGUGGUAAUGGAAUUGGGAAUAAUGGAAAAGGCCACCACUGUGCUUGGCGGUGUUUGCAUAUUUGACUUAGGCGGGGUGGGUCUGAGCCAUGUCUGGAACAUCACCCCUGCGGUUGCCGAGACCAUAAUCGACAUGCUCGUGAAAUGCUUCCCUAUGCGCAUCCAUGCCAUACAUAUUGUGUUCCAGCCUAUGGUCUGCCAAAUGAUGUUUGCAAUCUUCAAGCCAAUGCUUGACAAAAGAAUGCAAGAUAGAAUAUUUUUCCACGGAUCAGACAUGGCCUCGCUCCAUGAGCACAUCAGCCCAAAAAGGUUGCCCAAAAAGUACGGCGGCAUUCACGAAAAUUUCAAUUAUCGCCUUUGGAUCGACAACUUGGAGAGAAAUCCCAAAGUUAUGAAAGCCCUGCAGCAGCUCGGGUAUCAGCUGGAGGAGGGCACUCGGCUUGAUUAGAUAUUGGAAGAGGCUCAAGCUUUUUUGUGCAACACCGUGCCAUCGCCGACUGGGCACAAAGAAGACAAUGACCGUGACAAAGGGAUGAUCUGAUAGCUUAAAAUCAAAUAACCUUGAUCCACUCAAUUUGCUACCAGGAAUAUAUUAUUCAGCGCACACAAAGCAUAGGAAACGUCAUGCACUAUUAUUUUUAGUUUUUUAAUAUGGACAAAAGAAACGUGCAAAAUUUUUAAUUAAGGAUAAUGGUUUAUAAUUAAAUGACUUCAUUAUAAAUUAAUACACAAAAGCCUGCUCAAGUUGUGAGGACUUGUGAGAGAGAAAAAUUAAGACAAUCAAAUUUAGAGCCAAUGAAAAUAUCAUUGCAGUUCCUGUAUUUUUAAUUAUUUUUAUAGACAUACAUCUUUAAGCACUGAAAAUCAAAUAUUAAAGAGCUCACUUUUGUCAAAUUGCUCAAGUUGCCAAUAUAUUAUGUACUCAUUAAUUUAAUUAAUCAUAUUGUUUUAUAAACUUUUAAAUAUUCUUCAAAGGGGAAAAUAAACCAAUACAUUAAAAAUGAUUUGAGCUACAGUUAUUGAAGCAAAUCCACCAAUUAAUUAAAAGUUUUAUCACAACUUAUGAAAAUCUAAUUUUCAGAGUUAGGAUCAGAUUAGGAACAAGCGCCAAGCCUGCGACGCGAAACACCACCCGUGGGGCCCAGCAGCAGGGAAUCGGCAUAAGUCUGGUUUCGGGCGGUGGUUUCGUCACUUGUCUUCUUAUACGUCUUAUACGCCUGGAUGAACACACGUGUAUAUUUGUAUCGCCGUCGCAUAGCUUAUGGUAGAACAAACGUCUUGAGGGUUUCGAUUUUGCUCACCAAGUGAAUAUAAAAUUUUGAAGCCUCGUCCAUAUAUAACAAGAGAAUAUGAAAUGAGAGAGGCACAUGGAAAGCGUCUUAAUCAAGUUCUUGUGCAGUGCCAACUUAUAAGGAGUGUUAAAUAAUUCAGAGGGGAAUUCUUUUGUGAGCGAGAGAGGCGUUUGGAUUAUAAGACCGGUGUGUAAUUGCAGCCUCUGACAUGCCCGGGUGCGAGAGCUCGCCUCGGUAAUCAUUACUCGCUGUAGAUGUGCCGCACCUCUCCAAUGUUUAUUACAACUCAACCGCUGUCAUAAUCCCACAGGACUCAAAAAAACAAAAAUAUUUUUAUGAAUUCAGGAAAUAAAAUGAGAUACAAUGUAUUUAAACUGUGUAAUUUUUUUUAAAUGAAUUGAUUAGAGAGAAACACAAAAUGAGAAUUGUUAAAUUAAACUCAUUUUUUGUUAUUAA